AUGCCAGAAAUGCCAGAAGACAACAUUAUUGUUGCUCCUGCUCUUUCCACCGCCCAGGACGAGCAGGAGGUGUUCAUGAGGUUUAGCGAGAAGAGGCAUGAUAGGCCCCAUCUCAAUCAAGACGGAGUACACACAGACGAGGAUCUCUUCAGAGCCAUAAGCGAUUACUACAGCAUACCUGAGUUGGCUCAAUAUCUGUCUUCCCGGGGCUCGGGUGGAGAACUGACUUUUCAGAGUAUCACUCUUCAGUUCCCAGAUCAUCUCAUACAGGACUCGGCCAUAGUGUCCAAAGAGCUUCAAUCUCUUCUCUCGCACAACACCGGUUCCCAGGUCGAACUACACACGGAAACCAGCCCGAAGGAAAAGGAGCCUUGUGGAGGAGAUUCUGGCUGCAAAAAGUGUGCCGAUUGUGAACAUGGGAGCGAUAUCGAGGACUUUGGUGCGAAGAGACAGAAGCUUUGGAUCUUGGCCGAUACCUCCUACUCAACCUGUUGCGUUGACGAAAUUGCGGCAGAGCACGUUAACAGCGAUGUAGUGGUUCAUUUUGGAGAUUCGUGUCUGACUCCAGUUGACAAAUUGAAGACAGUGUACGUUUUUGGUAAAGCAUUUUUGGACCACGAUCAAGUGAUCUCCAGGUUCAAAGAGACCUAUCCAGACACAGACUCGAAGGUUGUGUUGAUGUCAGACACAACUUAUAGCCAUCACUUGGAGCAACUUCAUGAGGCUUUGUUGAGUGAAUAUCCACGGUUGGCCUAUGCCGCUGUUCCACAGUAUCAGGGAAAGGGUGCUAUAAUACCGACUCCCGAAUGGCGCGAAGGAGGACUAUCUAUAGCCAAUAGACUGCUACAGGGAAUCCCAAAGGAUGACUUCAAUUUUUUGGAUGAAGAAGAUUAUUCACAGGUUACCCUUGAUUAUCAGCUAUUCCAUAUUGGUGAGCCACAGACGCCUCGUCUUCUUCUACUCUCUACCCUGUUCAGCUCUAUAGUGCUGUAUGAUGUUGCCAAGCACACAACGUCGAACGGACCCUAUCCUUCCUUACAAAGGAGAUACAGAUCUAUGCAUGUUGCCAGAACCGCUGGAACGGUAGGGAUACUUGUGAAUACUCUGUCUUUGGAAAACACAAAAACCGUCCUCAACACCGUCGUGAAAUGGAUCAGGAAUGCUGGUAAGAAGCAUUACAUGUUCGUGGUAGGUAAACCCAACGUGGCGAAGUUGUCCAACUUUGAGGCUGUAGAUGUGUGGUGUGUCUUGGGAUGCAGCCAAUCGGGGACCAUUGUUGAUAACUCUGGAGAGUACUACAAACCGAUCAUUACGCCAUAUGAGUUGAAGCUGGCACUAGCACCGGAGGUCACAUGGACCGGCAAGUGGGUAACGGAUUUCAAGUCUGUUUUGGACUUGGACGAAGAUGAAGACAUGAACGACACUCAGGAAUCACCAGACCCGUACAAGGAUGAAAGUGCACCCGAGUUUGAUCCCGUUACCGGGAAAUACAUCUCCUCACACGCUCCUUUGAGGCAGCUCCAGCAUCUUCAAAUCGAAAUCGGUGAUGACGAACCACAAGCAGGACAAUUGGUGAAAAAGUUGUCUUCUGCAGUAGCCAUCAAGGGCACAGUAUCCACUUCGGCAAUCCAGCUCCAGUCGCGUGAAUGGACCGGUCUUGGUAGUGACUACCAAAACGAGGACCAGGAUUUUGACGAAGAAGGUGCUGUUGCCGUUGAAGGGAGGAAUGGAAUUGCCCGUGGAUACUCCACUGGUGGUCAAAGGUACUAA